AGUAAGAAGGUAGGAUCCACGCGUUCGCGGAGGGAGAUGACAUCCACGGAGUGAGAAUGUGCCUUAUAAAUGGAGUUCACGCCGUGCCGGUCGAAAUUUGUCACAGCCAAUCAUCUCCUCACUCACUCCACUCUCUCACUCACCACACACACACACACUCUUCAUUCAACCCAAAAACCCUUCCGAAAUCCCAAUCCUCUUCUAUCCUUCUUCUCCCCUUUCCAUUUCCCGUUAUUACAAUUUUUUCAAUUCUAGGGUUAGGGAUUUCCUCCUCAUCUCAUUCCACCUUUUUCCUUCCCUUACACUGACUCUCCCCCGCUCUACUCCCUGCUGACGUGGGCUCACCGUCAUCGCUUCUCGUUUCAUGGAGGCCACGGCCGCCGUUGCCGCCGCCGCCACUGCCGCCGCCGUACGGGGUGCCUCGCUCCAGAUGCCGCCUCCGUCCCGCAAAGAGUGGCGGGCUGUCUCCGACCAUCACCAUUCCGCCCGGAACCCAGACGACGAGGAGUUAGACAAUGCCAAACUAGGGCAAUCAGACGAGAGAACCAUAUAUGAGGUGCAGCAAGGAAGAGAGCCUCUUGAUGUUGACUUUUGUUCAAUAACAGUGGAUGGAACACUAGACAAUGAUAUUUUGCAACAACAGCUUCAUAAUGUUGUUAGACAAAGGCAAGAGCUGUUGCAAGUGGAGAUUGACCUAAAGGCUCAAAUGAUUGCUAGAACUGAGAUAAUGGACAUGCGAAACAGCUUUGAUGCUCAGCUCAAGGACAAUGUUAAUAAUACCACCAAGCUUCAGGAGCAACUUUGUGAAAGGGAGCGUACAAUUCAUGAUCUUGAAAGGAAAAUGGAAGAGAAAGAGAGAGAGCUGCAUGCUAUUAAAUUAGACAAUGAAGCAGCAUGGGCCAAACAAGACCUUCUCCGUGAGCAAAACAAAGAGCUUGCAACUUUCAGAAUGGAGCGUGAUCACUCAGAAGCUGAAAGAGCUCAGCAUAUUAAACAAAUACAUGAUCUACAAGAACAUAUUCAAGAAAAAGAUAGGCAGCUUAUUGAGUUGCAGGAACAACAUAGGGGUGCUCAAGAGACCAUUAUGUUUAAAGAUGAGCAGUUAAGAGAAGCCCAAGCAUGGAUAGCUCGUGUUCGUGAGAUGGAUGUUUUCCAAUCAACAACAAACCAAACAUUACAAGCUGAAUUGCGAGAGCGCACAGAGCAAUACAAUCAGCUUUGGAUGGGUUUUCAGAGACAGUUUGCAGAGAUGGAAAGAGUUCAUUUGCAUACUAUUCAACAACUUCAGCUUGAACUGGCUGAUGCAAGAGAGAGGAGUGGAACUUACAAUGAUGAUUCAAGAAUGUCCCAAAUGAACUCUAAAAGUAAUGCUACUCAGUUUGGACAUGAAAAUGGAAGUCAAUUUGACUUAAAUGGAACCAAUGCUUCAGGUGGAAAUAAUGGUCUCCUUCCAAAUGAAAGCACUGAUAAUGGUGUACCAUUUUCAUCAGCUGGCAAUGCAUCAAUCCAGACUGAACAUGUUCCUGGUGUCCCUAUUACUCCAUCGUCUUUACUUGUCCAACCAUCGUACCUCCCACACGGCCAAGUAACUGCAUUGCAUCCAUUUGUUAUGCACCAACAAGGAGUGCCCAAUUCUGUUGCAUCACAUGUUGGACAUUUUCAUCCAGUGCCCUCAAUGUCACCUGUGCAGCAGUGGCAGAGUCAACAGUCUGUGUCAGAGGGUUCACAAUUACCCAUACAGGAACAUCCUUCUUCUCAGACAGAUCAGAAUUUGAUGCGAUCAGAUGCUAAGUUUAGUUAUGAAAUGUCUGUUAAUGGGCAAACUCUUCAUAGAGACUAUCUGGAUGCUCACAUUCAGCAAGGCGAGGGGGCACAAACUGUUAUUUCCUCGGUUACCACUGAAACCCAGGUUCUUCAGUCAGUUGAUAAGGGUCAAAUUGUUGCUUCCCCACCGGAUCAGAGCAUGCAACAAAUUUCUUUACAGUUCUCUGAUGCCUUGCGAUUGAACUCUUUUGAGCCAAAUGGUGAAAUUAAGGAGCAGAAUUCUGUGACUUUAUCUAACGAUGGGCCUGAUGACCAAGUUUUAUUGGCUGAGCAAGCAAGUUCUGCAACAAAUGCAUCCCCUGUCAAAAGCCAAUCCGUUAAUCAUGAUGAAAUGAUUCAGAAUAAUUCUACUGAUUCUGUCUUGUCUGAAGUUUUCACAGCUUCUGGUUCAACAGCUUCAACAACAAUUACAAAGACAUCAGAGACUGCUCUCCUUGAUGAAAAGUCAUUAUUAGCCUGUAUUGUUCGUACUAUUCCUGCUGGUGGUAGAAUUCGAAUUAGUUCAACGCUCCCUAACAGGCUGGGCAAGAUGCUUGCUCCUCUACAUUGGCAUGAUUACAAAAGGAAGUAUGGGAAGUUGGAUGAUUUUGUGGGUAGCCAUCCUGAAUUAUUUUUGAUUGAGGAUGACUAUAUUCAGCUCCGUGAAGGUGCACAGAAAAUGGUUGCUGCAACUGCAGCAGUUGCAAAAGUUGCAGCAGCAGCAGCUGCAUCAACUCCGUAUUCUUCAUAUAUGUCCACUGUGGCAGUUACACCAAUGGCUCAGUCUCAUCGCAUGAAAAAGGUUCCUUCAAUUGAUUCCAAAAAUAUCAAAAGUGACAAAGCACUUGAAGAAUAUGCCGUCAUCUCUUCUAAUUUGGGGGAUGACCCUCUAAAAUUGUCAGUCAUGCAACAUCAACAAUCUAAUGGUCCAAGCUACAGUGUUGCUGGAGGUCUGUCUAAUGUCAAGAUUUUGAGUAAAUCUAAGGAUUCUCGGGAAAUGGAUGGCCCUGAAAGUAGGGUUGUCCAGUCUGUUGGCAAUGGGGGCAGUGCCCAAAUUUCUGGCUCAGCAAAUGGGAGACUAGUCUCAAGCUUUACUUCUAAACACCAGACCAGGGCAACUGGUGCUGUGUACCCUUCUCGGAGAUAGGAAGAUGGAUGGGCGUGUAGAUUAUCCUGUCUCACCAGGAUGCGGAUGAAAACAUAGAAGAGAUAUUUAUGGGGUUUGUGGGAGAAUGUUUUUUGAAGCAUUGACGGAGUAAUCUUUGCCCUGGCUUAAUUAUGAUUUAAAGUUGCCGGUGCUAUCUCCAGUUUCUGUAGUAAUUUAUUGUUCUCCCUGCUGUUACAAUUCAGUGUGCUUUUAUUAAUGUGGGCCUCUUGCUAUGGUAUUCUUGCAUACAUUGCAUCUCAUAACUGCCAUUUUUUUGGUGAAUGCUUGAAAGAUUAAUCAACGUAGUUAACCGUCUGAGUUUGCAACCUC